UUAAACUUGGUCAAUUUUUUAAGAUGAAGGGAACAUUAAUACUUUCGUUUUUAUUCACAAUCGCAACUCUAUUGACGUUUUGUUUUGCAAUCCCCGCUGUUGAUACGAUUCCUUCUCUCACUCCUUUUGUCCCUUCUUACCUCGGUCCAGACAAUAAUGUGUAUGAUCAGAAAACUGCGUGUUAUCAAGACUGCAAAGUAGGCUUUUCUCAUGAUACCCUGACAACUUGUGGUACAGAUGGUUGCACAUACAGUGGUCCGAAAGAACUCGUUUGUUUCCAAAGUUGUGGAAAAAAGGUCGAAAGUAAACGGAAUGGAAAUUGCUCGGAACUUGAAUCAAAAAAAGCUAAAGGAUGUCCUCGGAAAAUCUGAUGGAUCAUUGCUACAACAAAUUUCUUGAUGUUUUCUUAGAAUUUUAAGUUUUGGAAAAAUAUUUUUUUAA